AUGGGGGACGCGGAGCUGCGCUGCACCGCCGUCGUGGAGCGGCCGCUGCCGGGGGGCGCGGGCCCUUUGCGCCGCGUGCUGCGGGGCGCGCUGGUGCUGCUGGGCCGCAACGAGCUGCGGCAGCCGGUGCUGCGCGUGGCCGGCGGCGGGGGAGAGGCGGCGGCUUUCAGCUUCGCUCUGGGAGGCGACGCCGUGCGGCUUUUCACGCGUUUCGUGGGGGAGGGCCGCGCGGCAGUGCGGGUGGGCCCGGGCGGCGCCCAGGUGCUGCUCUCCGACUGCCCACCCGACGCCCUGCGCCGCUUCUUCCGCCUCCUGAAGCUCAAGUUGGCCGCCGGGCCGCGGGGUGCGCCGCGCCAGCCCCGGUUGCUGGGCCGCCCGCCGCCCGCCUUCUCCGUUAUCAGCCCGCUCCAGGAGCGCGACCUGCGGCGUGACUCUGAGCGGGACCGGAGCGCCGGGGAGCGGCCGGCGGAGGUGCUUCGUGCAGAGAGGCGGCCUCCUGCCCGGCUGUCAGUGGAGCAGGAGGCGGUGCUGGGUGCUGUGCGCAGUGGGAAGAGUGUCUUCUUCACUGGCUGUGCAGGUGGGUUUGGGACUGGGAAGUCAUUCCUGCUGAAGAAGAUCGUGGGCUCCCUCCCUCCAAACAGCACUUAUGCUACAGCCAGCACUGGAGUGGCAGCUUGCCACAUCGGUGGCACCACACUCCAUGCCUUCGCAGGUAUAGGCUCUGGGAAGGCUCCGCUGGAACAGUGCAUCCAGCUGGCAGAGAGACCUGGGGUGCGGCAGCACUGGCUGGCCUGCCAGCGCUUAAUCAUCGAUGAGAUCUCCAUGGUGGAUGGCAAGUUCUUUGACAAGCUGGAGGCAGUGGCAAGAGCAGUAAGAAAACGAGAUGAGCCUUUUGGAGGAAUUCAGCUCAUCAUCUGUGGGGACUUCUUGCAGCUGCCCCCAGUUUGCAAGGCUAAUGAAGAAACCACAUUCUGCUUCCAGGCAAAAAGCUGGAGGAAAUGCAUCCACAUAAACAUGGAGCUGACGGAAGUGCGAAGACAGACCGAUCAGACCUUCAUUUCGCUGCUGAGUGCAGUCCGUUUAGGCAGGUGCACAGAGGAGGUUAUCAGUCUGCUGACACAGACAGCUACUAACAGAUCUGAGCGCGAUGGGAUACUGGCUACACGGCUCUGCACCCACAACGAUGAUGUAGAACUGACUAAUGAAAGACGCUUGCGACAGCUUUCAGGAGAUUUGCACGCUUUUGAGGCUUUGGACAGUGACCCGAUGCUAGUGAAGUUAAUUGAUACUCAGUGUCCUGUGGGUGGUAGAGUUGAGCUAAAGGUUGGAGCUCAGGUGAUGCUAGCUAAGAAUCUGGAUGUGUCUCAAGGGCUGGUGAAUGGAGCACGAGGAAUUGUUGUAGGAUUUGAAACUGAACAGAAGGGGCUGCCCAAGGUGAGGUUUCUCUGUGGAGUCACUCGAGUUAUCAAAUUGGCAAGGUGGCUCUUCAAAGGGCCAUCAGGAAUUCAUCUGAGUCGCCAGCAGUUGCCCCUAAAAUUGGCAUGGGCCAUUUCCAUUCACAAGAGCCAGGGCAUGUCUUUAGAUUCUGUGGAAAUUUCCCUGUCUCGUGUCUUUGAAAGUGGGCAGGCCUAUGUAGCCCUUUCCCGAGCCCGCAGCCUUGCAGGUCUCCGUGUUCUGGAUUUUGACCCAAAAGUAGUGAGAGCUGAUCCCACAGUGCUGCAGUUCUAUAGACAGCUGAAACGUCACCAACUUCAAACCCAGGAUUCACUGCGCACCCACCCAGAUGCUGAUGAGAAAGAGAACUGGAAAUGCAGCUGAGAGUGUUCUUCUGGCCUCCGUGAGGCACCAGCACAGACUGCUGAGUUGCAGCAACCUUGCUGUGAAGUAUAUUUGAUAUCAUAAAUGAAGUUGAAGGUUUUUUUUUUCCUUAAUUCAACUGACUCUGGAUAUGUAGAAAUCUCCCAGUCCCACCCCUCUGAACUUGAGAAGUAUUCUGUAGUCUCUUCCUGUGCCCACAAUCUUGAGUACUUUUGUGCCACAGAUGUGACUAACAAACGAAAUACUGAACAAGGAUGUGUCAGGGAGACCUUCUUUUGAUUUUUAUCCUCUCUGCCUGGCUACAUUUCAUCCUUCAAUUUGACUGUGAAACUUGGGUAUUUUUCUUCAAGGAUACUGCAGUUGAGAGAGGGAAGGUGUGUGUCCUUUACCUGGCUGGACUGGACCUAUUCUCUAGAGCUGCUGACAUGAGGGAAAGCAGUACUAAGUAUCUAAACUAUGCAUGUGAUUUUCCUGCAAGUGAGGAUCUGCCAGGAGCCAGGCUUUCACUGUAUAUUGCACACCUGGAUGUUCUUACCUUUUGGA